CGUCAGAUGCAUCAGACGGCAUCAAUCUGCUUCUCGUUAGAUUGGAACUUCCUGCACUGUCUUAUCACGCAAGACCAAGAAGACUGAACAAGAACUUAUUUUGUUGCUGUUUUAUUGUUAAAAUUAACCUGUGAGAUUUCUGAAGAUGGAAAAAGGAUUUCACACACAGGAAUCAGCUCCACCAUACCCUGGCCCUCCCAUGGAUUAUGGCCAGCCAGCAAUGUAUGCUCCACCAACCUAUUCCACUCAACCAGGCUUCCCUGCUCAACCAGGUUUCUCCGCUCCACCAGGCUUCCCUGCUCAACCAGGUUUCUCCGCUCCACCAGGCUUCCCUGCUCAACCAGGUUUCUCCGCUCCACCAGGCUUCCCCGCUCAACCAGGUUUCUCCGCUCCACCAGGUUAUCCCGUUCAACAAGGUGUCUCUGCUCCACAAUGUUUCCCCGCUCAACCAGGUUUCUCUCCUGCUCCUGCUGGUGUUGCUUUUGCUCCUGUACCUAUUCAACCAACAGUAACUCGCGUGGCAAUAUCAACUGCUCUAUAUGACGUUCCUGGACAGACCUUUUGUUCCCACUGCCAGGAAACAGUGAUCACCCGUACGGAGUCAGAGCCAGGAUUAUUGGCCUGGCUUGCUUGCGGAGGAUUGUGCUUUCUGGGGUGCUUCCUUUGCUGCUGUAUCCCAUUCUGCCUUGAUUCCUGUAACGAUGUGAAGCAUCAUUGUCCAAGAUGCCAGCAUGUCCUCUACAUUUACAAACGGAUGUGAAACUAGUCCCAUAAGGAACUGGAAAAAUUAGAGUUAACAUUUAGGUUGUCACAUCUCUUAUGCUGAAAAUUGUGAUUCUUUUUUUAUGUCAAAUUGUAUGAAAUGUUUUUUAUGCUGAAAUUAAAACAAAAAAGGAUUUACAUCACAACAAAGAAACACGCAUAGCAAACAACCAGGCAUACACAGAUCCAUGCAUAAGGGCAAUUUAGAGUAUCCAUUUGACCUAACGAUCAUAUGUUUGGACUGUGGGAGGAAGUCGGAGUACCAAGAAGGAACCAAUUUGUGCUUGGAGGUGAACAUGUAAACUCCAUGCAGACAGACCCAUUGCAAGGAUUCAAACUUUGGACCUUCUUGCUGUAAGGCAAUAGUAAUACCAACUGUAUUGUGCAGCCAUUAUCCCAAUAAUGUCUUCAAAUAAUGGUUGUGUACAAACCUAUUGCCAGCAAUGUAAAAAAGAUUUAAAUGUCUGAAUUUUCCCACUCUGGGACCAUAUAAUUCCAUUAUAUUCUAAAUGUAAAAAGACUAUUCUAUUUGUUUCAAUGGAUUGAGAAAACCUUUGCUUUCUCACCCAUCUUUUCUCACUUUCUGUGUAUUUACAAUUAUUAAUAAUCCUGUUCAAGUCAUGACUAAAUAAAGCAUUAAAUGCAUAGAAAAAA